AUGCCUAAAAAUAGCGACAAGACUUUUACAGAAUUCCAUAACGUACAGUAUCAGAACAGUAAAAUGAUCUGGAUUAAAGGUGGGAAUGAUGGAGUUAUCGGACUUUUUAAUGAAACCCACUCUAACAAUUUUGUGUAUGAAAUAGUUGUAGGGGGCGGGGGAAACACGUGGACUGGAGCAAGAUCGAAGGCUAUAAAGUUUAAAACAUUUACUUUCGAUAACUACUUUGCGCUAGAGCCCGAACGGUUUAAAGCAUUCUGGUUGACAUGGAGUGAAGCGUCACUAGAGGUUGUGUUCGGAGUUGGAAAUCAGAUCGGUAGUGGAAAGACAAUCCGAUUCAAUAGAGAUCCGACAUUUACAUUGAAAUAUCUAGCUCUUUAUGACGGAUUUGUUCCGGUAUCCUAUAUACUGGAGCUGCAGUGUAGCAAGGAAGACAUUCACUAA